AUGGAACAAAGAAUCAGUAUUGAUCAGUUAGAUGCAGGUCCAGUUACUUCUCUAGAUCUCAACUCAAAUCAUGGUUUUGGUCCAUUUCCUGAGAAACGGAAAAAGCGAGCUGCACUGCUAUCAGCUGCUUUGUCAUUUGUUAUAAUGGUAGUUCUCCUUGGAUGUUUCACGCAACCAAAAUCCAAGUUGUACGUGGCCAACACGAGCAGCACAGUUGACGAUGAAAUGAUAUGCAAGAAAAACGACCGUGAGUAUUACCAUGUAGGAGUUUUUAUCUGUUCUUUGAAUUUGAUCGGUGUUAUUCUCGGGGAACUCAUGAAUCGGUUUUGUCUCGUGUUCGAGGAAUAUUUUCAUCUUUAUACUCGAUACAGUGGGAGUAAAAAGGAAAUGUUUUAUGCAUGUUUCAAUGACAUUUCAUUCCGCGCUGUGUUGUUUGGUUUUCUUGUUGCAUUCAUUAUCAUCACUACAACACUGCUAUCACAAGGAGCGGACUAUUUUAAGUUCGAGUACAUUGAAAUCAUCCUCAGUGGGGUUGGCAGUGGUUCCUUUGUUCUAUACCUUCUCAGUCUUGAUGCGUUAUCUCGAGUUCAAAUCUCCUCGCUGAUGGAAAAUAACAAUCGCUUAGUGGCAAACGGUUUGGCAUGGGCAUACUAUUUCGGUUACUUAAAGAUUAUCUUGCCUGCUUUGCAGGAACGGAUUGAGGAUUCGGAAUGGAAGGAUAUUUUGUCAUCGAAGAAGCUGUUCAUUCUAAUGCCUCGUGACUGCUAUGCUUACGGGUCACUCAGUAGGGAGGACAAUCAUAUUGAGAUAGUACCUGGAGCAGUUAUUGAAUAUGAACUUCACCGUGCGGGAGUAUAUAAGAUUUAUCGUCUUAACGUUUAUAAGAUAAACAGAAAGGAUGGGAAAUGUCCGCUUUAUGUGCUAGCCCAGUACGCAUCACCCCUCUGCUCCUUGUAUUGCAUGAGUCACUCGGCUGGCGUGAAGCUAAGUCGCGAGGAUCGAGACGAGCAAGCAAAGUUGUUUCUUCGAACGCUGGAAGCAAUAUUACAAUAUCCGUCUGUACCUGAAGUUCGGAAUAACUGUAAACUUGUGCCUUAUGCAAGAAACCUGGGAGUACUUCUUUGUGAAGUGUUAGCUGAGGCAGUGUUGGAAGAUCUUAUGUCCAAAGAUCAUAUGCAGUGUAUUUCCCACGGUAAUCACUUACUACAGUAUGCUUCUGAAGUUUCUCUUGAUGAUUUAGAUGGAGUUCGGUCAGUCAACAACGAAGACCACUAGUACUAUAAUACUAUAAUAUACUUUCGUUGCUUACGGCCUUCACUUUCUGUUUCAAUUUGCCCUUAGUGUUGAAUUUAGAUUUAUUGUAUUUUAGAAGUUUAGUGAUCUGACGAAGUCUCACACCAAUUCUGUAUACUGUAGUUCACUUAUUUGCAUAACUGUACAAAAAACUGCCUGGUAUAUGGUGCUGAAAUCCAGCAAACUCCGGACGAUAUAAACCUCUUUAUAGACGCACGUCGAGAAAAACGUUAAUGAAG